AGAACAGAGUCCCUGUUUUUAAAUCUGAAGGUCGUCCCCGCGCUUGUAGUUUCUAGGACGACGGUGAGCUUGUCAUCCCGCUGCUAAUAUUGUACUACUAAGUGGCCAGUUACAGGUGUGCACAAAUGACCCGUAUAUCAACUUAUAUGGUCAAGAUACUCUUCAUUUUUCUCGGAUUUUGGUCAAGGAUUCUUCCUAAUAAAGCAUAUUCUCUAGAGCAGUCGUCUCCCACCACUCAUAAUCACUCUGUAAACGAUAGUCUCAAACAUCUCCAUAUUUUAUUUCGACAUGGUGACAGAUCUCCAAUCGUUAACAUGCCUGCUAUUCUACACAAAAUUCCUUCUGCUUGGUCGCAAGGCUUCGGCAUGCUUACAGACAAAGGUGUAGAGCAGCACUUUUUUCUUGGGAAGUGGUUACGAUCAAAGUAUCAAGGAUUUGUUCCCAGUAAAUAUAACGGUUCUUAUUAUCAUGUUCGUAGUACGGAUGUCGAUAGAACUCUAAUGUCAGCAAUGGCAAAUGCAGCUGGGUUUUAUAACCAGUCUCCCUCUCCUCUGUCCGCUUAUGGCAUCAAUUGGUUUCCCAUACCUGUUCAUACAAAACCUCAAGUAACAGAUACACUUUUGGGUGUUGCACCAUGUCCUUAUCGGGAUUCGUUACAACGUAUACAAAUGGAUAGUCAACCAUCUAUUGAAUUUGAGAAAAAUCACUCAAAUUUAUUUGUCAAACUUACUAAUGUCUCUGGUAUUGGUCCAGUUAAUCGUCAUAAUGUAUGGUCCAUAUCCGAUUUUAUUACAUGUAUGAUUGCUCAUAACAUUACCCUUCCUGAUUGGUGUACAGAUGAUUUUUUAGCAGAAUUAUAUGAAGUCAAUAGAUUUUAUUGGGUGGUAAGCAUUUUUUUUCCCCACAAUUAGAUAUAUGUGAUAAGGUUAUUUGCUUAUGUAUUAUCGAAUAUACAGUUAUUUAUUAAUUUUGAGAGUGCGAGCAAACCAGAGGACAUACUUUCACUCAAGAUACAUAAAACAAAUAUUUCCCGACUAUAAACGCUAGAUAGUUAUUGUUAUAACCCAGCUAUUCCUAUUGCUUAGUAAUCUCGGACACCGACUCACUCGACAAGCCCCCAAAUCAGAACACGGUUGAACAGGGAAGAGAUUAUAUUCCAAAUAACAAGGUUAGAUGGAAGUAAGAAGCAAGUAGGAAAUGCAAUAGGGAAAACGUUAGUAUAUUUAUAACUUUUACAUGAGAAGAUCCUAGUGUUCACUAAGUAUCGACUAACGCUGAUUGGCUAUUUCUUAUCCAAUCAGCGUGCACCAAAGCAAUCGUGCAUUGAGCAUGCUUUAAUCCAGUCUAUGUCCCGCUAACAGUUAUGUAAUCAAGAUAACUCAUUCAUUUUCUGUCCGUUAAUUUAUUGUUAAGACGACUAGAGAACAUUCGGGUUCUAUACUAGCUUCUAUUUUGAACAAGUGCUUAUAAUAUUCAAAGUCACUGGAUUGUACACAGGUAUCCUUGAUACAUUAGCGUAAGUUAAUUUUCUCUUCAUAAUUUACGUCGUGAACCGAUCAUCUCUCAUUUUCCGGUUUAACACAUGAUUGUUGGAUAAUUUCUACAAAAUUAACUAUAUAAUAGUAAAUCCAAGUUAACCAGUUUUAGGCAGAGAUGGGUAGUGACUAACAAUGGGAUCCAGGACGUGCGUUUCGUUUUAUCUGGAGUUCGUCGGUUGGAUUUACCUGUGUCUCGAAAUUGAUACUCUCUCCUGGAUUCGAACCCAUUACCUUUCGCUUCAGAUGCCAGCGUGUUAUCCGCUUAGCUACCAGAUCCAGAUAGUCAUUUUAAUGUAACGAAUUACUUUAGAAGUUUCACUAAACAAAAACUUGGCAAUUUGCCUGAACAAAAAUUGUGACGUAAUUGUUAAUGAGCUUUUAUCAUAUUAAAAUUAAUUUUUACGGAUUCUAACUUUUAAUAUACUCAACUGUUACCUGUUUAGCUCAAUAUAUAAGUUUCUCAUUCAGUUUCAAUGGAUUAAUGGUUUACUAGUUAAAUAACUCAAUUUUCAACUACUGGACUGUUAGUUUAAUAUUUUUUUACCUACUCUAGUAUGGGCAACAUGAUAGUGUAACUAGUCUCCACAAAAAUUAAUUUACUCGUCAUUGAGUACGUGAACUUUCCCUUAAUUACUAAAUUACUUGUAUCUCGAUCUCAUCGUCUAAGUAAUACGUAUGUAUGGUUGAAUAACUAAUUGAAGAAUUUAAAGGUCAAACGUUAAUGGGUUAUGAACCUUGAUCGCUUGAUGUAGUUUAAAUAUGAUUAAAACCAUUUGAAAGUUGCAGUAAUCACAUUUUCUUUCAAUAUAUUUUGACAUAAAUAUCGGAGAGAAAGCUGUAAUUUGUACCAAGUACAGAUUUAUGUAAUCGAUUUUUAGUAACACGUGUGUUACAUGAAGACUAAGAAUAAUACCAAACUGUUUAAACGGCAGUACGAGGAGCAGGAUUCGGACGUGUAAGCUAGCAGUUGAAAAUCAUGUAAACUUACUACUAAAGCGCUACUUCUAAAAAUUUGAUAAUCGUUUCUUUUUUAGUGUUUGCAAAAUUUGGAAGCAACUUUUUACUGGGUUUUAAUUGUAUAGUUUUUAAAUAGUUCCAACUUAGUACCUUACUACAAAUGGCGAGCUGAUCGAACAUUGGUACUUCAAAAUUUGUCAGGAUUCAUAUCAAGGUGUACAAAACCCUGUAUAUUGACUAAGGUCAAUAUUAUACGUUAUUUACUGUAUAAUACAUUUGUCUGAUUUGCUUUAUCAUAUACAAUGUCUCUAUUUUUCUUUAUAUCAACCAAACAUUUCCCAUUUAACCUCAUAAAAUAGUAAAUACUAAUUAAUUAAUUGAUCAUUUGUGAUUGGGCUACGUAUGCUAGCCUUCAGUCGCUCGUUUCCAUCAUUUGAAAAAAUCUUUGAAAAUCAUUCAUAAUGGUAUAUUUUUCUGCGUAAAUUUUAAAAUAUUCAAAUCCCUGCGACACAAUAAAGUAAGUUAUACUAUCCUGGUGCUAAUAUCAAAUACAUAUGUAAAUGUCUAUUUUUUUUUCGUCAGAAAAAAUAUUCUUCUUCAGAUGAUAUCCUUCGAUUGGAAAUUGGUGUCUUCUUAAACACAUUCGUUAAACAUAUACAUUCCAUCAUACGUGGGGAACAAUUGAAUUUAACUUAUGAAUAUACAUUAUCCACCGAACAUAUGAUGAUUUAUUCAGCUCAUGAUACUGAUGUAACUUAUAUUUUAGCUGGUUUCGGUGUUUAUAAUAAUCAAACAAUUAAUUAUGCAUCUACUGUUAUUCUAGAAUUACAUGGUCCAGAUAAAUCUAGCAAAGAAAGUGAUUAUCGUAUAAAAUUGUUGUAUAAAAAAGGUUGGACUGAUGAAACUGGUGAAUAUUUAACCUUACCAGCUUGUAAAGGUCAACCUGGUUACAAUGGUUGUCCUGUGAAUCUUGUAUUGGAACAAAUUAAACCAUUAUUAUUGAGUACUGAUAGAUUUUAUAAAGAAUGUUCAAUAGAUCAACCGGAUAGCGUAAAUUAUCGAUUACAUCCAAUUGUAUUUAUCUUUGUCGGUGCAUCAAUCUCCUCUGUAAUAAUGCUUCUAGUCUUUUGGUAUUAUUCACUGCGUUUACGUCGUUAUAACAGUUUAGACGUUACGGAACAACCAAUAUUAUAAUUGUUAAAUAAAGAAGUGAAAAUAAAAGAAGAUAUCUAGUAACAUUAUUGUUAGAAUCAUCGUCAUUAUUACCUAAAUCAUUGUCAUCACAACGUAUUUUUUACUCUUCCCUCCCAUGUGUUGUUCUGCGACGAUUUGCUAUUUUUUUUAUACAACAGUGUUGUUUAACUCUUUUUGUUCUUUUUUAUGAUCGUUUUGAAUGUUGAUUAUAGUUUUCUGCUCAUAUAUAUACAUUAUUGUAGACUUAUUACUUUAUAUUUUGUUAUAUAAUUAAUAAAUUAAUGCAUACUCAGUGAA